AGCUCUACAAGAAACUCAAACCAAAUCUUAAAAUUCACUAUAUUAUAAAACAUUAUAUUAAUUAAGCUCAAAAAUAUGGUGAAGUCCAAGAUAAUUAAGAAGUUAUUGAAGGCUCAAUAUCUUCAUCAAUUGAUUCCAAAUUCCAAAAAAAGGUCACAUAGUAAUAGUAUUACUAGUGCUAUUGAUGAUCAAUUUCGCGAUGAAACAACACAUGGCGAGACAUCAUUGGUGCCAAAUGAUGUGAAAGAAGGAUACUUUGCUGUUUUUUCGGUGAAUCCCGAAGAGGAACCAACAAGGUUUGUGGUGGAACUGCAUUGGUUAACGCAUCCGUCUUUCUUGGAAUUAUUGAAGAAAGCUGAAGAUGAAUAUGGAUUUAGGUAUGAAGGUGUUCUUGAAUUCCCUUGUCGUGCCGAGGAAUUGGAGAAGGUUCUUGCUACUGAAUGUUCGAACAAAGUUUCACGUUGGUAGCUGGAAUGAUUUACUGGAUGUUCGGCCAAAGUUUCAUGUUGAUAGUUGGAAAGAUUAAGAUGCUACAAAUUUAUACGUAUAAGGUGUAAGGUCAUUUGGGAAUAAUUGUGCGAACUUGCCACUAGUGCUUACAAGUUGUUACAAAGACAUCAAAGUGAUGCAAUAGUUCUACUCCGUCUGCUUUAUUUUAUGUGUUUUAGUUUGACCAGUUACAAAAAAAAUACUGGAAUAGUAUCUUAAACUAAAGAUGUGUGUGGUGUGUCUAAAUUGAUUUACAAACGUUAUUUGUGUUUGUUCAAUUACUUUUCGUGCUGAGGAAUUGGAGAAGGUUCUUGCUAUUGGAUGUUC